AGGGGAGAGUGAGUGGUUACAAAAUACUGAAGUUUAACCUAAAAAUGUGUUUAUUUAUAUUUAGGAGUCCAAGAUAUUAAUUUAUUUUAAAUACCAGUCAUUAUUUUUUUUAAGCGUGAUCUUGGUAAGUAGGUAUGAAGAUAAGAAAAGAACAGUUUUUGCUGCCUAAGGGCAAAGCUGUACCCUCAAAAAUUUGUGCGUCCAAAUGGAUUCAACCCAAUACCAUUAAAAUUAGCGAACCUACCAAAACCACCACAAACUGUAGGCCUGCCUUUUUUCAAUCUCCACAAACCACGGUGGACGCAGUAUCUUCAGCCUUGAUAACUAAAAUCAAGCCAGAUAUGCUUCUAUCAAACGGUGAUUUUAUAGUGUCCAGCCAGCCAGCAAAUCAGCUCAUUUGGCAGCACCAAGAUGGUAUUCUUAGACAGGCACUAUUAACAGAAAAAGAUGUCAAGUCCGAGGACAGUAAAAUGGAACUAGAAACCAGCUCAGUUGGUGCCAAUGCAACUUCAGUCCUCACUCUCACCCCUGUUCCUGCUGCUCAAGUAAUAAAAAUGAAUGAAUACAAAGUAAUUCUAUCCAGUGAACAUUUGCCAAUGACUUGGCAAGAAACUGGAAAGAAAAAUGCUACAUUGGCAUUAACGACGUUACCAACGAUAAAACCAAAAGUGGACGCAAGUCCUUCAUUAAUGAUUGGGAAACAGCCUGUGACAUUCACUGCGAUAUCCAACGUCAAUUUGCUACCUCAGAACCAGUACUCUACGAUUGUGAUUAAAGAUCUUAAAAACAAUGUUCCAGCAAAUAUUUUACUCAGUAAUCCUUUAUUGUCACAAAGUCCGACGGGUAAAAAACCUAUCACCAAACCUGUUCCGAGACUUGCAAAAGUCAGAAAGAAACCGAUUACAGCGAAGAAGAUAAUGUUGAAACCACCAAGUUCUCUUCUCUCUCAGUCUGCAUUGGAGCGCUCAAACGAAGAUCGGAUCGACGGAUCUAAAAGUGAAAAAUGUAGCAAUGAAAAUAGCUUAAAUAGCACUAGCGAUACGAUUCCAAAGGAUAAUCCAACAACAGAAAACACACUUGCGAGCGCUUCCAAUCUUGAAAAGUCAUCAGUAAAUAACAAUAUACCCAUUUCCACACCCAACAUCAUCAUAACACACAACAACUUUUCCUUCAACUCCAGUGUAGUUACCAAAUCCACUGAAAACAAUUUAACACUAACAAAUUUGACUCAGACAACAAAUUUCCCAGAGAUUUUAAACACUGUUACAACAUCAGAAGGUCACACAGAAUUUGAAUCGUCUGACAUCGGUGUAAUGGAACAUACACUAGAAGACGGAGGAAUAAUAAUCACCUCGGACGGUUGUGUGGAAAGUGAAGUUGAGAAUUUAGACAGUUCAAUUAUAAAUGAGACAGUUUUGAUAGAUUCUGACACACAAGUUGUUUGUGCUGACCAAGAAAUGUUAUUGGAUACAGGUGUUGUGGUGGAAACUUGUAAUGAAACUCCUGAGAAUCUUGAAACCGUGAGCAACGAAGAUGUCCAUUUGGAUCAUGUUGAAACGAUUUUGCCUUCAGACAUUGAACAUCAUAAUGAACACCCCUCACAGGAGUAUACAGACAAGUUGUUGUCGCAACUACAACUGUCUGACUCUCGGACACUGCCUAACAUAACCAGCAGCCAGGUCUCGUCUGUUUUGAACGCUCUCGCACCCUCCGACAAAACUGAUCUGGAUGAACUAACCUCUUUGACCAACGCCAAAAGUGACAAGGAACCAGUGAAAUGUGAACCAACCGAGUUUGUGAAGAUAGAAAGCUUGCAAAUGCCUAAUCUCAUCAAGAUGGUGAAACCAAAGCCUCCUGAACCUAAAUAUCGUGUGUGUGAGCUGAACAAACACACGUGUUUCCGCUGUGUGAGUUGUUCCUUCCUGAGUUUGAGAGCGGAAAGUGUGGAGAACCACUGGGUGAAAGAACACUGCAACAUUCGCACAGAGCUGCUCAACCGGCAGCUGACUAGGCGACAGAUCAAGUGUCUCGGCUGUCCUAACGUUGUCUACUCCAAAUAUUCCUUGCAGAUUCAUUUACUUUGUGACCAUAAUGUUAUCACGACGGAAGUUAAUGAAGUUAUCGCCACAACACUUGCUGCCAACAAAGCUCUGAGAGAUGCUAAACGACCUCAGCAUCAAAAAUCAACAAGUGCCAAAGCCAAAGAUGUAGUGCCGCGUUUACAGCAAAGCAAAGAAGGAGAAGUACAAUCAGCUGUUUACCAAUCCACCUUCCCUGCUGAGCCCAUGACCGUCGCGAAAGAGACGGCCAACGUUAGCGAGCAGAAGACGAGUGAAGAACCUCAGUUACCCUCGACACCUAGCUUCACACUCUUCACUGACAUUCAGUUACCCAAAGAUAAGGAAGUUGCUUCUCCAUCCAACCAAAAUCCAAAGACUGAAGAUAGCAAAACUGUAAUAAAUGACAAAAAGGUUGCUCGACGCCUUAGAAGAACAGCGAGGAGUAAACUUAAGGCAGAGUUUGGUUAUGAAAUCAAGUACAACUUUAGGUGUAUGGUGGAGAAGUGUGGUGUACGGUUUACGACGGCUACCAACCUGAGUUACCACCUGCGUUGUCACCUGCCAGACUCCGAAGUGUUCCGAUGUCCGGAGUGUGACCUAGCGAUGGGCAGCUGGAGCAGCGUGACAUCCCAUUUGUGGCGGCAACACGGGGUAGACAUCGACCUCUACUGCUGCAAGCUGUGCGGCUACAAGUGCAACAGUUACAGCAAGCUUAUCAACAACCAUAUCAAGAUACAUGGGGAUGAGCGACCGUUCUUGUGCGACAUUUGUGGUAAAGGCUUCAAAACAACCAAACAAUUGCGGAACCACAAGGCCGUUCACCGAGCCAGGGUCCGACUGCUGGGAGAGGUGAAUGGAGACAGUGGCGGUUGUUACACCUGCAAGGUCUGUGGACGCAGUUUUACUGACGCUCGUAUCCUGCGUCACCACACAGAGAAUGUGCACAACAAGCUGCGGCCGUACCUGUGUACCUUCUGCGCGCACACGGCUAGCUCCAAGAGCUCCCUGCGCAUGCACAUACGUCAGCACACUGGUGAGAAGCCGUUCAGCUGUAACGAGUGUGACUACGUAACAGCUGACCACAACUCACUACGGAGACAUAAGAUGCGACACUCUGGACUCAGACCUUACCAGUGUCCUUACUGCAGUUACAACUGCAUACAGGCCACUACGUACAAGGUGCAUCUCAAGAACAAACACCCAGGGCUGGAUGAAGGGCUCAUGUUUAGCUGUCAGCUGUGUCCAUUUCGAACAGUCAAGAAGGACAACUACUUGGCGCACAAGGCAGAGCACCACCUUGGAGGAAACCCUUGCAACCGACGGAAAAAACAUCUACCCCAGGAGAUGUCUCAGGAAAAUACCUCAUUAUUGGGUAAAUCAACAUCACAUAGCUUUCCUGAACAUGAAACAGUCAUUCUACUGGAGGAGUCAAGUGAUAUUUCUUCUGUACAGGGUGUAGUUUUAUGAAACGAUCCAGACGCUGGUGGAAUCAAAUCUACCAGUUAGUCAGUCUUCCAUCUUUAGAUUUAAAUGUUGUACAAAAUGUUGAAGUUAACGAUGUUUAAAUUAUUAUCAAAUCUAGUCCAUAGAUUAUCAUAGUCCUGGUAUUUUUCUAUUGUGCAUUCAAUUAUUUUUACUAGUCUUAUUGGUUUGUGAUGACCUGUUAAUAGCUAUUUACAUUACAAGUGUAGUAAGAGCGUUUUUACAUCACGCAGGUGAAUGUUGUGCAACGAGCGAAGGCGAGUUGCAUAAUUCACCGAAGUGAUGUAAACACGCUCUUGCGUAACGUGUAACGUACAAGAUUUUACCUGACCCGACAAUAUUCAGGAAGUUACGAGCAAUAUGCUUCAUUAUCAAUUUCAUUCAUCUUCUAACAGUAACGUUCAUUUACAAACAAAAGCUAGGUUAGGAAAAUUCUUCAAAGCAUAACAAUAAAAUUCAAACACACAGCUGAUUUCUAGCGUUGAACGUCGUUGGCUCCAUAGAAGUAUAUUUUUUAAGUUAUCCACUCAAUGUUAUUUAAAUGGGUUUCAUUACAUCACCGAGUGAGUUUUCUCCAACUUUACAUCACUCGAGAAGUAAGAAAGUUGUAUACAUCACGCUUGGGAUAGGGAAGUUUAACAUGGCGGGUUAGGUAAAAUUGUUUUAAUUGAGUAGAACAUAGGUUUACCCCCUCCAGCAGUUAUUAUAGCUUUAUCUUAAAUGUUGCACCUAGUUUAAUGGUGAAGUUUAUAAUGUGAAAAUGUAUGACAAAUGAUGUUUGCAACAUUUACAACAGUACAGUAGUUGAUGUUUAUGGAGUCCUGUUAUAUUUUGAGUUGUUUUUAAUUGUUUCUUUUUAAAACCAAUAGUAGGUAUAAUUUGAAACAUAAAUGUUGUUGUAUGAAUGUGUUUUAGUUUGAUUAUUACUGUUUAUUUUUUUUAAUAUGAUGCACAAUUCAUUGUUAAUUAUUUAAAGCAAGAUACCCUCAUCUUAAGAUUUUUGGAUCUUUUCUUAGUCUAUGUACAAGAUAUGAUAUAAAAGAAGUAUGAUUUCCACUUGUUUUAACAGAUAAAUGCCAAAGUCAAUUAUGUGUAUAAUUAAUGUUGUACCGUUAAGUUUGAAGACAACUACCUAUGUUCUAAAAUUACAAAUUAUAAUCGGCCAAUGUUGUCUCAAAAUGUGUCAAACAUAACAUAAGUUAAUAAACAUGGACUCAAAGUCUAGAAAAAUUACUUCCAGUGUUAUUUUUAUGGAGAAAAUAUUUUUUUUAUUAGUGAGUUUUCUCUAUAGGGGAGAAGUUUAAGCAUAGGUGGGGCAUGGAUAAACCUAGACCCUGGACCGAUAUACCUUUUCAGUUUGAUGACCAAAGGAGCAAAAAUAAAAAAAUACUAUUUGUUUACAUUUUAUUUAUGAAAAUAAUAUGUCUGUAAACACGAUAACUCGAUUGUGGUACAAGUUUGAUGAGAUUCGACAUGAAUGUAGGGGUCUAAUGAUGGAGAAUAAUUAAACUUUAGUGAGUUCCUGAACCAGCAAGAUUGGGUUAUAAGAACAAGUUAAAGUGAAGGAGUUUUAAAAUUUUUCAAAAAUAGAUUUUUGUAAUUUUUACCCUUUAAACAUCAUACCUAUUUUAAUUACAGUCAUGUGGUUGAGGUAUUUUAUCUAUGAUUAUUGGGGCAUGAUUUUGUACUUAACUGUACUUGUACUGUUUUAUUUAUAAAUUAAAAUUUUAAUUAAUUUACAUUCUAAAACUAUUGUGGAAAAAGGAAAUCUGCUGAUUUUAAUUUUUUUACUAGCAAGUCAUGUAUGAUAAUUAUUUCACUUGGUUCCUUCAUUCAAUAAAAGUGUAUUUAUUAAAUUACAAUCCUGUAACAUAGAUAUAUAUUUUUCUAUACAUAUUUGUGUCUGUAUAAUUGUUAUUGUUUCAAUUAGAUUGUGA